GAAGUGUUGGGGUGUUUUUUUCUUGAAGGUGAAUAACUGGUACAGAGCUCUGCUUUGCUCUCAUCUGUCUCUACAUCAGGACACCAGGGUAAGUGGCUCUAAAUCUUCAGCACAAACUCACUGGCUUCUUCUUUCACCAGGUCACCAGGAUUUGGUUGCUCUUUAAAAUUGCUGAAAUUUGCUCAUGACCAGGAGUGUCUCCCUAUGUUUGUACAGAAAGGCUGUUUGUAGUCUGAUUGUAGAGGCACUCUACAGGUUUGAUGACUGGCUGGAUUGUCCUGGACCAGGUCUCUAUUUACCCCCAGAUAUUUGGCCUUUGCUCCACACACUUAAGUUGUGACAUUCAGAGGCCCUGUUGAAGGUUUUACAGAAAAGCAGAUUGACUUGGUUAUUUUGAAGACAAGAGGCACCGGGCCAAGUUGAUAUUUAUUCAAAGUUUCAGGUUUUCUUUUUAGCAUGUACAGCUGAGUCAUUAGCAUACAAGAGCUAACUUUGACAACUAUGCUAAAUUAAGUCUUAGUCCUUGGACUCAAAUGUCUUCUGGUUGUCAUUUGUAUUUAGUCGUUUUUGCACCUUAUACAUGUAGCCUAGUCUUAGUCAAAAAAAAAGUCAUCACUUUAAAUAAUUAUUUCUCACAUUUCUUCAUGCGAGUCUAUAAAUAACAGGGACUCUGUAACUUCUUUUUCACUCCAGUCUCCAAGAAACACCAUGGAGGAUCAAGACGACAAUGACCAGAUAGAGAAAGAAGUCAAAGAGGCUCUACAAAUGGAUGACCGAGCCUCAGCUGCUGCUAAGAUCCAGCAGUAUUUGGAGAGAGACAAAAACAUUUCUCUAAAUAUUGCUGUCACAGGAGAGUCUGGCAGUGGAAAAUCCACAUUUGUUAAUGCUAUCAGAGGCGUAGAUGAUGAUGACGAAGGAGCUGCACCCACUGGUUGUGUAGAAACCACCAUGGAGGUUACAUCAUACCACCAUCCAAACUAUCCUAAUGUCACAGUCUGGGAUCUUCCUGGAAUCGGCACCAUGAAAUUUCCAGCUGAUAAGUACCUGGAGAAGGUUGAACUUGAAAAGUUUGACUUCUUCAUCAUCAUCUCAGCUGAUCGAUUCACAGAAUAUGAUGUGAUGUUGGCAAAGGAGAUCCAGAAGAUGAAGAAGAAGUUCUACUUUGUCCGCUCCAAGAUUGACGAUAAUAUACGAAAUGAAAAAAGGAAAAAGGCUUUUGAUAAGGAGAAGACUCUCACAAAAAUCAGGGACAAGUGCAUCAAAGGUAGGUGAUACCACAGACAUAAUUAGAAGACUAGAUACGCCUGCCCACUAAGCGACUUGCCUAUGAGGCAGCUAUCGUAGCAGGGACAUUUUUCCCAUUAAAGGCAUUAGAUGUACAUGGGAAAUGUUUUAUUUUAGUUUUUGAAUCAAAUGCUCUGCAUUGAUAGCACACGUUUUGGUGUUGACAAUAAAGUCAACCUCAUGAAAAUCAGUUAAGAAAUGAGCAGGAUAUGAUUUAUUGCUCAUGUACAUCUUAUGCCUUUAAAGGGAAAGUUGCCCUUGCUAAGAUGGCUGCCACGUAGGUAUGCAGCUGAAAGGGGCAUUUCGUAUCUACUGUUCAUAUCUACGGGUGACACAUCCUGAUACAAUAUACUGCACAAAAAAAAUGGAGGCCAUGACUGUCCCAGGCUUAUAAGCCAAAAACGAAAGCUCCCCCUGCUGACUAGCUGCAGUUAAGGUCAUAACCUCAACUUUCAUGUAAACAGAAAGGAGAGUCAAACUGAAAUAUAUGAAGGUCUGACAUCAGUCCAGUGAGGCCUCCAGCUAGGCUGCUUCAGAGCAUUUCUUGGUUUCACCAGCCCAAAUGUCAGCCUUCUUGAAGUCAGUCACAAUUAGAAGAAUAAAGUGACAUUGUCCAUAAAUAUUCUAAGAUUCAAAGAACGUGCCUGUUUGCACUUAAAGACACCCUAGGUUUCAGUCAAGUUGAUUUAGGGUCAGGGUCAGGGUCAGGGCACCAUCUCUUUGAUAUCAAAUAUUUGAAAGCUUUCAGUUCAUGGUUAAUGAAAGCUCUCAGGCACUGUGCCCCUGGUUUUGUGGGCAGAUCUACGAUCCUGGUCUGAUGAGAGGCUGUUAUUGUUACUUCUUAUCAAAGUGAUGUCUUGUACUUUAGCCUUAAUAUUGAUUUCUUUUUAAUCAGACUUAUUUUACUGUCUGUGGUGUUUCUUUGUGGAUGUUAAGUCUCUUGACGUUUUGUUGCUUAAGUUUAUGAAGAAGACAAAAAGAGGAACAACUUUCACGGUUGAGAGUACUUGAAUUUUACAAUCACAGCUAUGAUUAAAGCAGAGGUUCAAAAUCCCACAGCACAUGUGUUUACAGAGCUCUGCUGUGUCUGCAGUCAGGCACUCGUGGCAAAGUCCUGCAGGUUGGAAUCAAACCUGCCAUCUGUUCAGAGGACUACAGCCUCUGUACAUAGGGCAUGCACCUUCAAUGCCCUGUAUAUCCAUAUUGUACUUCUUGUUUAUCAGCCUAUUUCUCUUUUGUGACACAGGUCUUCAAGAACAAGGUUUUGAGUCUCCUCAGGCUCAGGUCUUCCUGGUGUCCAACUUUGAUCUCCACCGCUAUGAUUUCCCUCUGUUAGAGGACACUCUGGAGCGAGAACUUCCUAAACACAAGAGAGAUGUCUUUAUGUUAGCCAUGCCCAACAGCAGCCUGGAGAUGAUCUCUAAGAAGAAGAAAGCUUUUCAAGCCAAGAUUAAAUACUUUGCAACUCUGUCUGCAGCUGUUGCAGGUUUGCCAGUUCCUGGUCUUUCUGUUGCAGUAGAUAUUGGCUUACUGGUCGGUCUUAUUGCUCAGUAUGUGUUUAGGUUUGGUCUUGACACCAUGUCAUUGAAGAAAGCAUCCAGAUACACAGGCGUUCCUGUCGAUGAGCUGAAGAAAGUCAUUGUGUCUCCAAUGGCAGCAACAGAAGUGACUUCUGAUCUUUUACUGAAGUUAUUUUUAGAUGGGGCCAGCACAGCCGCUAAACUGGCUGCAGAAGAAGGGUCCAAAUUCAUCCCCUUACUUGGGAUCCCAGUAUCAAUGACUCUCUCAUUUCUCUCAACCUACAAAGUGCUUGAUACUUCUGUCAGCGGGCUUGCUGAGGAUGCACAAAGAGUACUCAGUAAGGUCCUGAGUCUGAACGAUGCAGAGUAAUAAUUCAGAGUGUUACCAACAUUCUAAAGUAAGAGAAGAACUUCAGAAAGUUAGACGGGGGGUAGAUUUGGAUCAAAGAGGAUCAAACACCCAUAUCAACAAGAUUAUCCAGUCCUGUUUCCUUCACCUGUGUUCUAUUGCAAAAAUUAAACAAAUACUCACCCCUCCAGAUCUCGAAAAAAUAAUAAACGCCUUAAUUUUCCCAAGACUGGACUUUCUUAACUCUCUCCUCCCUGGUUUAAUCAAGAAAUCACUCUCCCACCUCCAGCUAGUUAAGAAUGCAGCAGCUCGGCUUUUAACUGGUUUUAAUAGACGGCAUCACAUCACUCCAAUUUUAGCCUCCCUUCGCUGGUUUCCUGUCAGUUUUAGAAUAGAUUCAAAGAUUUUAUUGAUUACUUUUAAAGCACUUAGAGGACUCGCGCCGAGCUACAUUUCAGAGCUUUUAAUACCUUAUGAGCCAACUCGCAGCCUCAGAUCCUCUGACGAAAGCCUCCUGGUCAUUCCAAAGUCGAGGCUCAAAACUAAAGGCGAUAGAGCUUUCUCCAUCAGAGCUCCUCAACUUUGGAACGACCUGCCAGAGGAGAUAGGCGUGCAGAGACAGUCAUUUCUUUUAAGUCAAAUUUAAACACUCACUUUUACAGACUUGCUUUUAUGUGAUGCAGUUUUUUAAUCUUUUUAAUCUUUUUCCUUUUAUCUCUUUUACCUCUAUCUUAUUUCAACUUACUAUGCUUUUAGCUUUUGUUUUGCUUAUAAUCUUUUCUUAUUUUACCUUUUAGGUCUUUUAUUGAUUUUAAUGCCUUUUUCUGCUCAUUUAUAUUAUUUCAUUUUAUCAUUAAUAUUACCAUCAUUAUUAUUUUAUUAUGAUAUAACUAUCAUUAUUAAUAUCCUCUUUUAUACUUACUAUCCUGUUUCCUGCUUUCUGCCCCCCUUUUCUAUUUCAUUUCUUCUUCUUACCUAUUUUAUGUUUUUAUUUUGGUCCUCAUGGUCUCAUUUUAUGUUGUAGGGUUCUUGUAUUGCCUGGGUUUCCUAUGUAAAAUGAAGUUGGCCUUCAAUUCGGAGGCCUUGUUUUUAACUGAGCUUUUGUUUUUAUUUGCUUUUAUUUCCAUGUACUGAUGUUCUGUGCUUUGCAACUGUUGUUGCAACCUCCUCACGUUAGCUCUACAACAUUUUGCUCAAAAGCACACGAAGCUUGGUACUUUUUAGCUUUCAGACAAGCCUACACCUGACUCCUAGUCCCUUCCCUGAGCUUUUUUGUUGUUGUUGUUUCAGCCAUUUCUUGAUUUUUUAAAGAUCGAUGUGAUUUAUUCUUGUACUUUUUCUUUCUGAUAUUGUUUGUAUUUAUUUGUAAAACAGUGUUUAAGAGAGUGCCUUGAAACUGCUGCAUAAAUAAAGCUUUUCUCUCUGAAUUUUAA